AUUCACGACUUAUCCCCCCAAACGGAGAGGACCUUUUUGUCAUAUUUUAUUCAAUGGGAAGAGCAUCAGAAAUAAUAAAAAUUUCAACCCCUCAAAUAUUUAAGCCUUUUAUCCAUUCAUAACAGAUUCUAUCAACUGUCAAUUUCUUUUUUCUUUUUUCUUUUUUUUUUUUUUUGGUCAGUACAAGAAGAAGAUUGGAACCGUCAGUUUUAUAGGAAUUUGAAAUGGAAACAGGACAUUUACUGAUUUUUUCAGCCAAGAUCAUUUUAUCACUGGUUUUAGGGGGAUCUCUGGCGUUCUUUGCACAUCUCAUCAAUAUUUUACUUUUGCAUCCAAGAAAAUUAAGAUCAAAACUUCAAAGCCAAGGGAUUAAGGGACCUUCUUCAUCAUCUUUUCUCUAUGGAAAUCUCCCUGAUAUCAACAAGAUUCAACUUAAGAACCAGAAACAGCCAAGCCCAGAAACCAAUAAUCAAGAAGUAGAGGAAAACAACCCUUUGCAACACACAUGGCCUUCCAGAGUUUUUUCACAUAUAAAACAGUGGCAAACUGAAUAUGGAUCAAUAUUCAUGUAUUCAGCUGGAACCAUACAGAUUUUAUGUGUAACUGAUGCAGAAAUGGUGAAAGAAAUAAGUCAAUGUACAUCUUUAAACCUGGGAAAACCAUCUUACCUAUCCAAAGAUCAUGGCCCCCUACUAGGCCAAGGCAUUUUCUCUUCAAAUGGCGCUUACUGGGCUCAUCAGAGAAAGAUUAUUGCCCCUGAAUUCCAUCUCAACAAGGUUAAGGAGAUGGUGAAGCUGAUGGUUGAAUCCACCAGUAAACUGAUAGAAUUAUGGGAUGAGAAAGCUAGAAAUUCAAAAGGAAAAUUGGAGGUUAAGGUGGAAGAUGAUCUCAAGAGUUUGUCAGCAGAUAUAAUCUCAAGGGCUUGUUUCGGAAGCAGCUAUGCUCAAGGGGAACAAAUCUUCCUAAAACUUCAAACCCUUCAAAGGGUUAUGUCCAAGGUUCCCAUUGGAGUUCCUGGAGUGAGGCAUAUACCAAGUAAACAUAAUAGGGGGAUAUGGAGAUUGGACAAAGAGAUUAAAGAAGGGAUACUGAUGAUAGUACGAGCACGAAGAAGCCCUACUAAUGAGAAAGACCUUCUACAACUGAUACUAGAUGCUGCUAAAAGUUAUGAAGACAGUGAUGGUGAUCAACUACCAGCUGACAUUUCUCCUGAAACGUUCAUUGUCGAUAAUUGCAAGAGCAUAUACUUUGCUGGCCACGAGAACACUGCUCUCACAGCAUCGUGGUGCUUGAUGUUACUUGCUGCAUUUCCAGAAUGGCAAGCUCGUGCCCGUACUGAGGUGCUUGAUGUCUGUGGUAGUGAGUUUCCAAACGAUGCUAUGCUUAGACAAAUGAAAGUGCUGACAAUGAUCAUCCAUGAAACUUUGCGUUUGUACCCACCAGUAGCUUUGGUGGUGAGAGAAGCAUUGCAGGAUAUAAGUUGCAAGAGAAUUGAGAUUCCAAAAGGAACUAACAUUGAGAUUCCAAUCCCAAUCCUCCAUCAGCAGCAGGAACUCUGGGGACCAGAUACUCAUCAGUUCAAUCCAGAAAGAUUUGCCAAGGGCAUUGCAAAGGCUUGCAAAGUCCCAAGUGCUUAUAUACCAUUUGGCAUAGGAAGUAGAACCUGUGCGGGGCAAAAUCUUGCAAUGAUUGAACUGAAGGUGAUUGUAUCGAUGAUUCUGUCUAGGUUUACAUUUUCGUUGUCCCCAGAAUAUCAGCAUAGCCCUGUUCUUAGAUUAGUAUUAGAACCUGAGCAUGGUGUUAAUCUGUAUCUCCAAAGAGUUUGACAUAUUUUUCUUCUUUGAUAUUUGUCAAUGCCUUGUGGGAUUACACUGGGUUUGUUGUUGUUGUUGAUAUUUGUCAAUGCCUGUAAUCCAUUAAGUUCAAUUGAUCUAAGAAAGGUUUAAUGAGUA